AAGCUGCGCGAGGCUGGGAGGUCGCAACCACAUCCUCCCCUUCCUCCGGGUCCCAGCGGCGAGCGGGGCCAGGACCGAGCUGAGGGCUCCGAGGGCGUGGGCGGAGCGGGGUACAGAGCCAUGGCGCACCAGACCGGCAUCCACGCCACCGAGGAACUGAAGGAAUUCUUUGCCAAGGCCCGGGCUGGCUCUGUCCGGCUGAUCAAAGUUGUCAUCGAGGACGAGCAGCUCGUGCUCGGUGCCUCGCGGGAGCCGGUGGGCUGCUGGGACAAGGACUAUGACGGGGCCGUGCUGCCGCUGCUGGAUGGCCGGCAGCCCUGCUACCUGCUCUACCGCCUGGACUCGAAGAACGCCCAAGGCUUCGAGUGGCUUUUUCUUGCCUGGUCGCCUGAUAAUUCCCCCGUGCGGCUAAAGAUGCUGUACGCAGCCACAAGGGCCACGGUGAAGAAGGAGUUUGGGGGCGGCCACAUUAAGGAUGAGCUUUUCGGAACUGUGAAGGACGACCUCUCUUUUGCCGGCUACCAGAAACACUUGUCCUCCUGUGCAGCACCAGCCCCUCUGACCUCGGCUGAGAGAGAGCUUCAGCAGAUCCGUAUUAAUGAGGUAAAGACAGAGAUCAGUGUGGAGAGCAAGCAUCAGACACUGCAGGGCCUGGCCUUCCCCCUGCAACCUGAGGCACAGCAGGCACUUCAGCAGCUCAAGCAGAAGAUGAUCAACUAUAUCCAGCUGAAGCUGGACCUGGAGCGGGAGACAAUUGAACUGGUGCACACAGAGCCCACAGAUGUGGCACAGCUGCCCUCGCGGGUGCCCCGAGAUGCUGCCCGCUACCACUUUUUCCUCUACAAACACACCCAUGAGGGUGACCGUCUUGAGUCCGUGGUGUUCAUCUACUCCAUGCCGGGGUACAAGUGCAGCAUCAAGGAGCGCAUGCUGUACUCCAGCUGCAAGAGCCGCCUCCUGGACUCCGUGGAGCAGGACUUCCAGCUGGAGAUCUCUAAGAAGGGCCCCUGCUGCAGGGUCCUGCACCCCUUGUCUCUCCUGGUGCAGGUGGUGGUGCUGGCUGUGGCCCUGGCCCUGGGCACCCUCCCUGCCUUCCUGCCCUGUGAGCUCCAGUCAUAUGGCAAGGUGAACUGCGACUGGCUGUUCCUGAAAUCUGUGCCCCACUUCUCAGUGGGCGCACCCCGUGACAAUGUCACCAGCCUUUCAUUGCGUUCCAACCGCAUCCACCACCUCCACAACUCUGACUUUGUCCACUUGUCCCACUUACGGCACCUGGACCUCAAGUGGAACUGCCCGCCAGAGGGCCUCAGCCCCAUGCACUUUCCCUGCCACAUGACCAUCGAGCCCAAGACCUUCCUGGCCAUGGCCACCCUGGAGGACCUGAACCUCAGCUACAACGGCAUCACGACUGUGCCGCCCCUGCCCAGCUCCCUGGUGUCGCUAUCCCUGAGCCGCACCAACAUCCUGACUCUUGACCCCACCCACCUCAGGGGCCUGCACGCCCUGCGCUUCCUAUACAUGGACGGCAACUGCUACUACAAGAACCCCUGCCAGGGGUCAGUGGAGGUGGCCCCCGGCGCCCUCCUCGGACUGCGCAACCUCACCCACCUGUCACUCAAGUACAACAACCUCACGUCCGUGCCCCGCAGCCUGCCUCCCAGCCUGGAGUCCCUACUGCUGUCCUACAACCAUAUCAUCACUCUGGGGCCGCAGGACCUGGCCAAUCUGACAGCCCUUCGUGUGCUUGAUGUGGGUGGGAACUGCCGGCGCUGUGACCACGCCCUCAACCCCUGCAUCGAAUGCCCAAAGGGCUUCCCCCGGCUGCACCCCAACACUUUCAGCCACCUCAGCCACCUCCAAGGGUUGGUGUUGAAGGACAGUUCUCUCUUCAGCCUGAACAGAGCCUGGUUCCAUGGCCUGGGCAACCUCACCGUGCUGGACCUGAGUGAGAACUUCCUGUACGACUGCAUCACCAAAACCACGGCCUUCUAUGGUCUGGCCCAGUUGCGCAAGCUCAACCUGUCCUUCAAUUACCACAAGAAGGUGUCCUUCGCCCACCUGCAGCUGGCACCCUCCUUCGGGAGCCUGGUCUCGCUGCAGAAGCUGGAUAUGCAAGGCAUUUUCUUCCGUUCUCUGAACCGGAGAACGCUCGAGCCGCUGACCAACCUGCCCAUGCUCCAGGAACUGUUUCUGCAGAUGAACUUCAUCAACCAGGCCCAGCUCAGCAUCUUUGGGACUUUCCCGAGCCUGCGGUUUGUGGGCCUGUCGGACAACCGCAUCAGCGGAGCGGGGACGCCGGAGGCCACCGUGGGCCAGGCAAGUGAUGGGAAGCAGAGGCUGCGAUCCAGAGGCCUCCCUUCACUAAGACAGAACAGCCCCAUCACUGGGGAAUUCCUGCCUCGCUGCAAAACCCUCAACUUCACUUUGGACCUGUCACGGAACAACCUAGUGACCGUCCAGCCAGAGAUGUUCGCCCGCCUGUCCCGCCUGCAGUGCUUGUGCCUGAGCCACAACAGCAUCUCACAGGCCGUCAAUGGGUCCCAGUUUGUGCCACUGACCAACCUGCGGGUGCUCGACCUGUCCCACAACAAGCUGGACCUGUACCACGGGCGCUCCUUCACAGAGAUGCCGAGGCUGCAGGCCCUGGACCUGAGCUAUAACAGCCAGCCUUUCAGCAUGCAGGGCGUGGGCCACAACCUCAGCUUCGUGUCCCGGCUGCCCGCCCUGCGCUACCUCAGCCUGGCACACAACGACAUCCACAGCCGUGUGUCCCAGCAACUCCGCAGCGCCUCCCUGUGGGCCCUGGACUUCAGCGGCAAUGACCUGAACCGCAUGUGGGCUGAGGGAGACCUCUACCUCCGCUUCUUCCAAGGCCUGAGAGUUCUGGUCGGGUUGGAUCUGUCCCGGAACCGCCUGCACACCCUGCUGUCACGCAACCUGGACAGCCUCCCCAAGAGCCUGCGCCAGCUGUGGCUCCGUGACAACUUCCUGGCUUUCUUCAACUGGAGCAGCCUGGCCCUUCUGCCGAAUCUGGAAGCCCUGGACCUGGCGGGAAACCAGCUGAAGGCGCUGGCCAACGGGAGCCUGCCUGCCGGCACCCAGCUGCAAAGGCUGGACCUCAGCAGCAACAGCAUCAGCUUCGUGGUCCCAGGCUUCUUCGCUCUGGCCCAGGGGCUGAGGGAGCUCAACCUCAGUGACAACGCCCUCAGGACGGUGGAUCCCUCCUGGUUUGGCUCUGUCGCAUUGGCCCUCAAAGUCCUGGACCUGAGCGCCAACCCCCUGCACUGUGCCUGUGGGGCGACCUUUGUGGACUUCCUGCUGGAGGUGCAGGCAGCGGUGCCCGGGCUCCCCAACCGCAUCAGGUGCGGCAGUCCAGGCCAGCUCCAGGGCCUCAGCAUCUUCGCCCAGGACCUGCGCCUUUGCUUGGACGAGUCGCUCUCCUGGCUCUGCUUCCGCCUCUCGCUGCUGGUAUUGACCCUGGGCCUCACCGGGCCCAUGCUGCACCACCUCUGCGGCUGGGACCUCUGGUACUGCUUCCACCUGUGCUUGGCCUGGCUGCCCCGGCGGGGGCGGCGGCUGGGCGCGGGGGCCGCGGCCUACGACGCCUUCGUGGUCUUCGACAAGGGGCAGAACGCAGUGGCUGAUUGGGUGUACAACGAGCUCCGGGGGCGGCUGGAGGAGGGCCGCGGGCGCCGAGCCCUGCGCCUGUGUCUGGAGGAGCGCGACUGGCUACCUGGCAAAACGCUCUUCGAGAACCUGUGGGACUCCAUCUACAGCAGCCACAAGACGCUGUUCGUGCUGGCCCACACCGACCGGGUCAGCAGCCUCCUGCGGGCCAGCUUCCUGCUGGCUCAGCAGCGCCUGCUGGAGGACCGCAAGGACGUGGUGGUGCUGGUGAUCCUGCGUCCCGAGGACGCCCACCGCUCCCGCUACGUGCGGCUGCGUCAGCGCCUCUGCCGGCAGAGCGUGCUCCUCUGGCCUCACCGGCCCAGUGGCCAGGGCAGCUUCUGGGCCCAGCUGGGGAUGGCCCUCACCAGGGACAACCGCCACUUCUAUAACCAGAACUUUUGCCGGGGCCCCACGACAGCCUAAUAGCAAAGCUAUUGCCCAGCACCCCUACUCCCACCCCCCGGGCCCCAACUUGCCUCUCCUGCUCCCCGCAUAUCACAGCCACUCAAUAAAUGCUACCA